UACUUUAACUUUUAAUUUUAGAUUUUCAUCUUCUGUUUUAAGAUUCAUUACACAACUUUUGUUUUUGAUGGAACUGGACCAAGUUAUAGUUUUACAUCAUCUUAAAGAGUUAGGGUAUGAAAAUGUUGAAUCUCAUUUACUUCAAAAAUUCAUGAAAGAUUUAAAAAAACUUAUUAAGUAUGAAAAACACAAAACACUAGUUGAAGAAAAAAGAAAUUUGAAUGAUGAUUUAAAUAAAAAAAAAAGUUUAUUAGAACAAAAACAGGAUAUUCCACCCAAUAAUUAUUGUAAAAAUGCAUGCUGCAAUAAAAAAAAAAAUGAAGUUUUCGAAAGGUUAUCACGCCCAAGUUCAAAAACAAAAAUAUGUUCUAAAGCUGUAUCAACAAUAGCUAUUCAAACAGAUUUACAAAAAAAAAAAACAAGUGAAAACAAAUAUUCACAAAUUUUAAAAAGGAAACAAAUGGAUCCAGUAUCAUUACAUCAGUAUUACCAAAAUGAAUGGCAAAAUCAUAAAGUGCCAGGUGAAAAAAAUCAUAAUGACUUACGAUGGCAAAUUAGACAGGCUAUGAUACAUAAAUAAAUUUAUUUUUUACUUAAUGUUAAGACAUCUCUAGAUAUUUGACUUUAAUUUUUAUUAAUAUAUAAAUAUGUUGUAAUUUCAAAAUUUCAAAAAUAUACAUCUACUUUUAAUUACAAUUAAAACAUUAACAAUGUUAUUGAAUAC